AUGGUUGAAAAAGACAUAUAUAUGUGUGCAGAAAUAAUCAUCCGACCACAAGCAUAUAACUUGCGGUUAUUGCAGAAAGAGAAUUUGAAAAAAAUGAGUGUUUGUUCAUCAACUCCAGUACCGAUUCUCUCAUUCACAGAGAGAGCUAAAUCUCUGACGGAGAUUCAACAAGCUCACGCCUUUAUGCUCAAAACCGGUCUUUUUCAUGACACGUUUUCCGCGAGCAAGCUUGUUGCUUUUGCUGCAACAAACCCAGAACCCAAAACAGUCUCUUACGCUCACUCUAUUCUCAAUCGCAUUGGGAGCCCUAAUGGGUUCACUCACAAUUCCGUCAUCAGGGCUUAUGCUAAUAGCUCUACUCCUGAGGUUGCCUUAACCGUGUUUCGUGAAAUGCUUCUUGGUCCUGUUUUUCCUGAUAAGUACAGCUUCACGUUUGUGUUGAAAGCUUGUGCUGCGUUUUGUGGGUUUGAAGAAGGAAGGCAAAUUCACGGUCUUUUUAUCAAGAGUGGUUUGGUGACUGAUGUGUUUGUUGAGAAUACUUUGGUUAAUGUUUAUGGACGAAGCGGUUACUUUGAGAUUGCACGUAAAGUGCUCGAUAGAAUGCCUGUGAGAGAUGCUGUUUCUUGGAAUUCGUUGUUGAGUGCUUAUCUUGAGAAAGGUUUAGUGGAUGAAGCUCGUGCGUUGUUUGAUGAGAUGGAGGAACGGAAUGUGGAGUCUUGGAAUUUUAUGAUUUCGGGUUAUGCGGCUGCGGGGUUGGUUAAGGAAGCCAAGGAGGUUUUCGAUUCUAUGCCGGUUAGAGAUGUGGUUUCUUGGAACGCUAUGGUGACUGCUUAUGCACAUGUGGGUUGUUACAACGAGGUUUUAGAGGUUUUUAAUAAGAUGCUGGAUGAUUCCACAGAGAAACCAGAUGGUUUUACUCUUGUUAGUGUUUUAUCUGCUUGUGCUAGUCUUGGAUCUUUGAGUCAAGGUGAGUGGGUACAUGUUUACAUAGACAAGCAUGGGAUUGAGAUUGAAGGGUUUUUGGCUACAGCUCUUGUGGAUAUGUAUUCGAAGUGUGGGAAAAUUGACAAGGCUCUUGAAGUGUUUAGAGCUACUUCAAAGAGAGAUGUCAGUACAUGGAACUCGAUAAUCUCGGAUUUGAGUGUUCACGGUCUUGGAAAAGAUGCUUUAGAGAUCUUCUCGGAGAUGGUGUAUGAAGGUUUUAAACCAAAUGGUAUCACAUUUAUUGGUGUUCUGUCGGCCUGUAAUCAUGUGGGUAUGUUAGACCAAGCUCGCAAACUUUUUGAAAUGAUGAGUAGUGUUUACAGGGUUGAACCUACUAUUGAACACUAUGGUUGUAUGGUGGAUUUGCUUGGUCGGAUGGGAAAAAUUGAGGAAGCAGAAGAACUUGUGAACGAGAUUCCAGCAGAUGAGGCUUCCAUUUUACUAGAAUCUCUUCUUGGUGCCUGUAAGAGGUUUGGACAAUUGGAACAAGCAGAGCGUAUAGCGAAUCGGUUACUGGAAUUGAAUCUACGUGAUAGUUCAGGUUAUGCUCAGAUGUCAAAUUUGUAUGCCUCAGAUGGAAGGUGGGAGAAGGUUAUAGACGGUAGAAGAAACAUGAGAGCAGAAAGAGUAAACAGAAGCCUGGAUGUAGCAUGACUGAAGUUGACGGAGUUGUCCAUGAGUUCUUAGCUGGUGAAGGACUAAGAAUCGACUAAAAAUUGCUCCCUUUUUAGGUACAGAGAUUUCCUCUGUUGGUCAGCCUUCAGCUUCACUUCUCUUAGUUUGACUUCCUUGAGCUUUUCCCACUGAUGAGCCGGUUUUGUUAUGGUAUGACCAAGAAUCACGGAAUCUUCUCUACUGUAACCUCCUGUACCUGUCCUUCUAGCUGGUUUUUUCACCUUGACCCCCGCGUCUUGUUCUGAUCUCUUUGGCUUUUGUUCAAGAAGCCUUUGGUCACGUCUCUCACAUCUCUGUUUAUCUCUGUUCACCUGAAUUCUUGGCGUCAGGAUCACAGUUCCGUUGUCUCUAUCCAUUGCCUCCACUUCCAGAAAACCACAUGUCUCUUUUUGGAAAUCUCUUACUUUCUUCCUCACACUGCUCAUUAUCUCUUCAAACUUCUCAUUCGACUCUUUAUCUGCUGAUCUUGUUGCAGAGUUCUCCUUUUCUACUGAUACUCUUUGAAACCUUUUGCUGUUCUCAUGAAUAUCACUUCGACGUGUAGUAGAACUCAAGGAAGUUUUUACAGAUAUGUUCUGGCUAGCUUUUUCAUCUUGCUUCUUCUCUUUUGCAGGUUUCAAGUCAGAAGAACCACUUAACUUUGAAAACCAAGAAACAGGAAGAGCACGAGACAACCCGGAAGAAGAAGAAGAAGAAACAGGUUUCUUUCUUCCCCAUCUCAUCAUUCCAAGAAUCUGAAGAAGUUUUGUGCUUUCUUAGUUUACCGGGUUUCUUAGGCUAGACUAUGAAAAGAUGUAUAAAAAAUGAAGGGAUAUGUAUCUAGAGCUUACUGCUGUAAUAUGGUUAGGUCGUUGUGUUUAAUAGGAGGGAGAUGAAGAUGUUGUCUUAACGGGUAAAAGCUAGUUGUAGUUUGAAAAAAAGAACCAAACCCGCCUGAAGAAUCCUGUGACCACUUUUUGCCUAAAUAACUUUUUCUUUUAUUGGUUCUGUUAUCUCUGGGUAUGUUCUGGAAUUUAUACCAAAGUGGGGGACCAAUUUUAUCAAUCAAAAACCAAACUUCAUUGAUGACAAAGAC